GGCUUCUCUCAGGGCGAGCCAAUUGACGGAAAGGGCAAGGGUGCUCCCCUCUCAGGCGGUACCAACAAAGAGCUUGACCUCCAGAACCCUGACAACCUUGGUCAACAAAGCACCGACAACGGCGUCGUACCAAACCUAAAAUGGAGCUUCUCUGAUUCCAAGACGAGGCUCUUGACUGGUGGCUGGUCGCGCGAGCAAGUCAUAACUGACCUGCCCGCCAGCCACGACAUCGCUGCUGCCCAGCAACAUUUGACCAAAGGUUCCAUCCGUGAAUUGCACUGGCACAGAGUGGCUGAAUGGGGCUACGUGUACGCCGGUUCAGUCAUUACCUCCGCGGUGGAUGAAGACGGCAACUACCAAGUAGCGAAGCUCGAAGUGGGCGAUAUCUGGUACUUCCCCAAGGGAGUUGCCCACACGAUCCAGGGCCUUGAAGAUCAGAAUGAGUAUCUGCUCGUCUUCGACGACGGAAACUUCGACGCCGUGGGCACCACGUUCAAUCUCGACGACUGGAUCUCGCACACACCGAAGGAUAUUUUGGCUAAGAACUUCGGCAUCAACGAGACUCUUUUCGCCAAUGUUCCUACUCCAAACCCGUACAUUCAGAACUCGACUGUGAGCACCCAAAACGUUACCGGGGGUCCAGGAGAUACCGAAGCCUUUGGCAACAGUAGCUUCGUCUUCAAGCACACUCAACAUUCCGAGGUUCCAGUGCCGGGUAAUGGAGGCACGCUACGCAUCAUCGACUCCAGGAACUUCCCAAUCUCCAAGACGAUUGCUGCCACGGUCGUUACGCUGAAGCCAAAAGGCCUUCGGGAAUUGCAUUGGCACCCCAACGCGGAAGAGUGGCUUUACUUCCAUAAGGGCCAUGCCAAGGCAACUGUUUUCAUCGGUAACUCCAAUGCACGCACCUUCGACUUUAGCGCUGGUGACACUGGCGUCUUCCCCGACAACUCUGGGCAUUACAUCGAGAAUACUUCGGAAACUGAAGACCUGGUCUGGAUCGAGAUCUACAAGAGCGACCGAGUUGUAGACAUUCCACUUACUCAGUGGCUCGCUCUUACUCCUGCCGACAUUGUCGCCAGUCUGCUCAAGCUUCCCAUUGAUGUGGUCGAAGGUUUAAAGAAGGAGAAGCAAAUCCUAAUUGAAGGGUAAUCGAGGAAAAUGUGAGACCAAGCAUUGUCAAAAUGAAGAGGUUGGGCGAUGGUCUGAUAUGUUAAUACUUGAGUGGAGUACUUCUAUUCUUCUACCCUUUUACUUGCCAAUUAUUCGAUAC